AUGAGUGCCCUGCAAGGGGUAUUUUCAAUUGUAGGGGCAAUUACAGGGAGAAUAGUUGAGCCAGUGAUCCAAUUAGUGGUGCUCCACGUUGGUUUUGUUUUUCAGUACAAGAAGAAGCAGGAGAAACUAGAAGUUGAAAUUAAAAACCUUGAAGAGAAGAGAAAACAAAUCAAAGAAAAAGUUGAUGAAGCCAUUACUCGUGGUGAAGAAGUUGAUGAACCUGUUUCAAACUGGCUAGCGGAGGUGGAAGAAAGAGUUCCGAAAUUUAAGGAUGAAAAUACUGUUAACGAAAACAUGCAGUGCUCUGUAUUCUUAUGUCCGGACUACAUCUCGCGUUACAGAAUGAGCAAGGAAGCCGAAAACAAGAUCGAAGAAGUAAAAAAGUUCACUCAGAGUGGCAAUUUUAGCACAGUUGCACAUCCUAAGCCAUUUGCUCAAGAACUUCAAUUCACAUCGUCGAGCACAAACUAUGUGAAUUUUGAGUCGCGAGAAUUGGUUUUCAAUAACAUCAUGGCGGCAUUACAAAAUUCCAAUGUUAAAAUGAUUGGAGUAUAUGGAACAGGAGGGGUUGGAAAGACGACGAUGAAUAGACUUUUUGAUGAAGUCGUUGUGGCAGUUGUCUCUCAGGACGCAAAUGUGAGCAAUAUUCAAGGGCAACUCGCUGUUCGCUUGAAUUUGGAACUACAAGGGGAAACUCAUGAAGUGGGAAAAGCAAGCAAAUUGUGGAAUAGAUUGAACAAUGGGAAGAAAAAUCUCAUUAUAUUGGAUGAUAUGUGGCAAAACUUGGACUUGAAGAGAAUAGGGAUUCCUAUCAUUGAUGGAAACAAUUGCUGCAAAGUUGUGAUGACGUCUCGAAUCCGAGGUGUGUUGGAAGAGAUGCAUGUUGAUAGAUAUGUUCCAAUGCAAGUAUUAUCAAAGAAAGAAGCAUGGGCCCUAUUCAAGACGAAGGUGGGAAAUUCUGUUGAUUCUCCUGAACUCCAUGAUAUAGCUGAUGCAGUCUGUAAAGAGUGUGGAGGCUUGCCGGUCGCUAUACUUGCAGUUGGAGCCGCAUUGAAAUAUAAGAAAAAAUAUGUCUGGGAAGAUGUACUUGAUCAAUUCAAAGAUUCCAUGCUAAAGAAUAUUGCGGGAAUCGACGCAAAGGUGUAUGCUUCCUUAAAGUUAAGCUAUGAUCGUUUAGAAUCUAGUGAUGCAAAAUCAUGCUUCUUGCUAUGCUGUUUCUUUCCUGAAGAUGCUAAUAUUUCAAUUGAAGUGUUGGCGAGACACUGUAUAGCGAGAAGUUUGCUUGGACAAAACACAAAUACACUAAGAAGAGCAAGCCGUCGAGUACUUACAGUGGUCGAUAUCCUCAAAGAUGCUUGUUUGUUAUUAAAAGGCAAAGAUGAAAACUUUGUCAAAAUGCAUGAUGUCAUUCGAGAUGUUGCUCUUUCAAUUGCAAAAGAUGAUGGCAAGGAAAUUCUAGUAAAACAUGGUGACAAAAAGUGGCUCGAGAAAGAUACAUGCGAAUCUUCCUCAGCAAUGUCAUUAAGGUUUGACAACACUCUUGAGCUUCUGGAUGAUUUGGUAUGUCCACAACUCCACACCUUGACCAUACUAUGGGAUAUUAGUCCUUUGCUUAAUGUUCCAGAUAGGUUUUUCAGUGGAAUGGAGAAACUUACAAUUUUAGAAUUACAUAGAAUCUGUAUGUUGCCUCCAUUAUCUCUUGCAAAUUUGGUCAACCUUCGGAUGUUAUGGUUAGAUGAUUGUAAAUUGGGAGACAUAGCUAUACUCAAGGAUCUAAAUAAUAACCUUGAAAUACUUAGCCUUCGAGGUUCUAAUAUCGAGGUUUUACCAUCCGAGAUAGGACAAUUGACUCGUCUUCGGUUGUUAGAUCUGGGAAAUUGUUACAAGCUCAGAGAGAUUCCACAAGGUGUCAUAUCCAAUUUGUCUCGCCUGGAAGAAUUAUACAUUUUAGAUGAGUAUAGGCAGGAAAGAAGCAAAGUGAAUCUUGAUGAGUUGGGGAAAUUGACGCAAUUAACCACUUUACAGAUUCACAUACCAAAUGUCAUGCUAUUGCCCAAGGACUUCUGCUUUGAAAACUUGAUCAGAUUUAAAAUAUCAAUUGGUAUUGGUAUGCGUAAGGGUAUGGGUAUUUCUAAAACUUAUUCAAAGUCGUGUAAACUUUGGGGUGUUUCCUUAAUGGACAAGUUUAUCGUUUUGUUGCUGACAGCUGAAGCGCUACUUUUGGAAAAUAUUGAAGGUUUACAAGAGGUGCUGCAUGACAGAGGUGGAGAGGGGUCUUUGAUGGAACGUCAUGGACUAAAUCCAUCAGGCUUCUUCAAUAAUUUAAUUGAAUUAACAAUUAAAGAUUGUAGGUUGGAAUAUCUCUUCUCCCUGUCCUGUGCAAGAGGAUUUUCACGACUCCAGAGACUACAAAUAGUUGAUUGUGAGAUGAUGGAAGCAAUAGUUGGAAUUGAAGAAGAAAAAGAUGAAGAUGAACUCUCAAGUCAGGUAAUUAAUUUCAGUCAGUUGAAAUAUUUGGAUCUCGUGAAUCUACCCAAGCUCAUAAGCUUCUACCCCAAAGUGGAGAAGAUGACAACAUCUGAAGGAAAUUCUUCUACCCAGGCACAAUCUUUGUUUAAUGAAAAGGUUACAUUCCCUACCUUGGAGACAUUGCAAAUUAAAAGACUAAAAAAGAUAACAGAGAUAUGGGAUAGGAAAUUACUUCCAUCAGAGUCUUUUCAACAAUUGAGAAACGUGACCAUCAAGAGUUGUAAGAAACUGGUGAAUGUCGGUUCGUCCAAUAUGCCCCGACAAUUACCGAAACUAAAACGACUUGAGGCUAGUCAAUGUCAAGAGCUGAAAGUAAUAGUAUUGAAGAAUGGGGGGGAAGAAGAAGAAAAAGCAGAAAACAACAAUAAUACCAAUUCGUUCCUUCAAUUAACGAGUUUGACACUUGAAGAUUUGCAGAGCCUCAAAAGCUUUUUCACCUCUAGAUCUGAAACACAAUCCCUCUUCACUAGCCAGGUUACAUUCCCUGCCUUGGAGAGAUUGCAAAUUAAAAGACUAACAAAGAUAACAAAGAUAUGGGAUAGGAAAUUACUUCCAUCAGAGUCUUUUCAACAAUUGAGAAACGUGACCAUCAAGAGUUGUCAGAAACUGGUGAAUGUCGGUUCGUCCAAUAUGCCCCGACAAUUAACAAAACUAGAACAACUUGAGGUUAGUCAAUGUCGAGAGUUGAAAGUAAUAAUACUGAAGAAUUGGAGGGAAGAAGAAGAAAAAGCAGAAAACAACAAUAAUACCAAUUCGUUCCUUCAACUAAAGAGUUUGACACUUGAAAAUUUGAAGAGCCUCAAAAGCUUUUUCACCUCUAGGUCUGAAACACAAUCCCUCUUCACUAGCCAGGUUACAUUCCCUGCCUUGGAGAGAUUGCAAAUUAAAAGACUAACAAAGAUAACAGAGAUAUGGGAUAGGAAAUUACUUCCAUCAGAGUCUUUUCAACAAUUGAGAAACGUGACCAUCAAGAGUUGUCAGAAAUUGGUGAAUGUCGGUUCGUGCAAUAUGCCCCGACAAUUAACAAAACUAGAACAACUUGAGGUUAGUGAAUGUCGAGAGCUGAAAGUAAUAGUAUUGAAGAAUGAGGGGGAAGAAGAAGAAAAAGCAGAAAACAACAAUAAUACCAACUCGUUCCUUCAAUUGACGAGUUUGAGACUUGAAGAUUUGCAGAGCCUUAAAAGCUUUUUCACCUCUAGAUCUGAAACACAAUCCCUCUUCACUAGCCAGGUUACAUUCCCUGCCUUGGAGACAUUGCAAAUUAAAAGACUAACAAAGAUAACAGAGAUAUGGGAUAGGAAAUUACUUCCAUUAGAGUCUUUUCAACAAUUGAGAAACGUGACCAUCAAGAGUUGUCAGAAACUAGUGAAUGUCGGUUCGUCCAAUAUGCCCCGACAAUUACCGAAACUAAAACAACUUGAGGUUAGUCAAUGUCGAGAGCUGAAAGUAAUAGUAUUGAAGAAUGGAGGGGAAGAAGAAGAAAAAGCAGAAAACAACAAUAAUACAAACUCGUUCCUUCAACUAACGAGUUUGAGACUUGAAGAUUUGCAGAGCCUCAAAAGCUUUUUCACCUCUAGAUCUGAAACACAAUCCCUCUUCACUAGCCAGGUUACAUUCCCUGCCUUGGGGAGAUUGCAAAUUAAAAGACUAACAAAGAUAACAGAGAUAUGGGAUAGGAAAUUACUUCCAUCAGAGUCUUUUCAACAAUUGAGAAACGUGACCAUCAAGAGUUGUCAGAAACUGGUGAAUGUCGGUUCGUCCAAUAUGCCCCGACAAUUACCGAAACUAAAACGACUUGAGGUUAGUCAAUGUCGAGAGUUGAAAGUAAUAGUAUUGAAGAAUGAUGGGGAAGAAGAAGAAAAAGUAGAAAACAACAAUAAUACCAACUCGUUCCUUCAACUAACGAGUUUGAGACUUGAAGAUUUGCAGAGCCUCAAAAGCUUUUUCACCUCUAGAUCUGAAACACAAUCCCUCUUCACUAGCCAGGUUGCUUUCCCAGUCUUGGUGUAUUUGAAAAUUCAGAAAUUGCCUACCAUAAUACAGAUAUGGGACAAGCAAUUACUCAUAGCUUCAGAAAAAGAAUCAAAGUCCUUCAACCAAUUGAAAGGUAUGAUGGUUUUUGAUUGUGAGAAAUUGGAGCAUGUGGUUCAGUUCAAUAUGCUCCCACGACUGCAAAAUCUGAACAUAUUCAGGGUAUAUAAUUGUCCAAAGGUGGAAGUGGUAGUCUCAGAGAAAGAAAAAGAAGAAGGAACCACCAAUAAUGAUAUCAUCGUGUUCUCUCAAUUAACAACUCUUAAUCUUUAUAAUUUGGUGAACCUUAGAAGUUUCUACAACUGGCCUACAAGAUCUGAAGCACAACCCUUGUUCAACAACCAGGUUUGAUUUUCCCAAUUUAUUUUAUUAUCCUUGGCCAUUGGAAAGUGUGCACACAAAAAAAAUAUUUAAAUUCCUUUUCGAUUACAAUUUUAAAUUUGAAGCUUAUUUGAAUAUUCUCUUUCUAUCCAAAUCCAAAUAAAAGUAAAAUAAUUUCAAGGUGGAUAUGCUAGGGGCUUACGAUGGAAAUAACAAUAUUACCCAAACAAAAAUAUGUAUGAGUUCUAAAUUUAGCA